UGUCAAACAAUGCUGCCGUUUUUGACGUGGGCUGUGGGCAUGUGGGAAAAGUACAUAAAAUGGGCUGCCGCUGGUGGUGAAAUUGGGGUACUGUGAGUCCCGAGUACAUGUAAUUGUGAAGAAGAAAAGGACCCAAAAAGCAAGGCAAACCAGGGACCGAACUCCAAGUCGGCAAGCGUGCUCAGCUUAGCUCAACAGCCCCAAACUGUAAUUUGACACCACCAUGCUGGCCUCGCUACCACCACCAAUCAUCAGCCGCCCGCACGGCUACGACGACGACGACGACGGGAUGGACCUGGAGGUCACGACAGAGGAGCGGGCGCUCGAGCGCGAGAUCGCGGAGCUCGAGAGGCGGCUGGACAAGGCGCGGGCGGCGCGGCUGCACCAGCCACGGCGGCCCGACACUCCGCCCGCAUCAUCAAACGGCGACGCUGCGUCUGACUUGGCAGCGGCGCCGCAGCCGCAGCAGCAGCUCGCCGCGCCCCUGCCGCCGGCCACGCACUUCCUGCUACUACUGUCCGACUCGGCCCUGCCGCUGGGCGCCUUUGCCUUCUCGUCCGGGCUCGAGUCGUUCCUGGCGCACUCCCGGUCCCGCUCUUCUUCUGGCACUAAAAGCAGCAACAGCAGCAACAACCAGCAGCAGCAGCAGCACGACGCAUUCGCGUCCUUCUUGCCCGCGUCCGUCUCGGCCUUCGCGUCGGCGUCGCUCCCCUUCGCGCUGGCCGCCCACCGCACGCCGCACCGCCUGUCGCGGCUCGACGACGCCCUCGACGCCACCGUCGUGUGCGCCGUCGGCCGCCGCGCCUCCGUCGCCCAGGGCCGCGCCCUGCUGUCCGUGUGGGAGCGGUGCUUCGCGCCGGCGCUGCAGGCCUCGCCCGCGUAUGCCGCCGUGGCCUCGUUCGCCGCCGCCGUCAGGGCCGCACCACCACCACCACCACCACCAUCCACUGCUGAUGAUGAUGACGGCGACGACCCGACGCGGCUGCUGCUGCUGCUGCUGCCGCCCGCCGCGCACCUGGCCCCGCUGUUCGGCGCCGUGUGCCGCGCGGCCGGGCUGGGCGCGCGCGAGGCCGCGGCCGUGCUCGUGGUCGGCCACAUCAAGGCGCUCGUGUCGGCCGCCGUGCGCGCCGGCGUGUUUGGCCCCUACCAGGCGCAGCGCCUGCUGGCGGGCGACCGCGUGCGCGAGCUCGUCGACGCCGCCGUGUGCCGCGAGUGGGACACGCCCGUCGAGCUGGCCGGCCAGACGGUGCCCGUCAUGGACCUGUGGCUCGGCAGGCACGAGCUGCUGUACUCGCGCAUUUUCAACAGCUAAUGGGGGAGGGGUUUUCUUCGUCUCGUUUUCUUAUGUCCGCCGCAAAAAAAAGUUCUUGAUUUUUAUGGUUCUUGGUAUCAUGAUGCGAAACCCGCUCUAGAAAUAUGUUAUAUAUACAUACAGCAUAACAGAUAGCAUAACAGUGCACACAAUUUGGUUUUCGAGCA